GUGCAAUGCCAUGGCCUACCCGCUGGGCCUACAGUCAGUCAACGGGCUUCAAACAUCUGAAGCCAGAAAUGGGAUCUGUCCCGUUUCUUUCUGGAUUGACCUGUUGGGUUGUGGUGCUCGCCGAUUGCGAUCGAUCUCGCUACAGCCGACAGCAGCACCCAUGACAGCACCGCCAAGCGACCGUAUUGCCAGAGACAGCCACUUUAUGCAGCUGGCCGUCGAUGAGGCCAACAAGUCGAUCCCCGUCGAGAGCGCCUAUUGUGUCGGAGCGCUGCUUGUCAAAGAUGGCGUCGUUCUUUCAACCGGUUUCUCGCGGGAGCUGCCUGGAAACACCCACGCGGAGGAAUGCUGCCUGAUCAAGCUCAAAGACCAGGGCCGGCUCGAGCAGGCCCGCGGCUCGACGUGCUACUCGACCAUGGAGCCCUGCGGCGAGCGACUCUCUGGCAAAUGGCCCUGCUGCAAGCGGCUGGUUGAAGCCGGCGUUGCCCGCGUUGUCGUCGGGAUAAUGGAGCCCACACAUUUCAUCCAAGGCUGCGUCGGCGUGGACGAGCUCCGAGAGGCCGGGAUUGCCGUCGAUGUCCUGGCAGGAUGGGAAGAGGCCUGUCUCUGGCCAAAUCGACACCUGGGCGACAAAGCCUGAUGUAUUCUUUUGCAACAACACGAUUC